GGGAAUCCAGCUGGAAUACCAGAAUUAACGAAUUAAUAAUUAUCUCAUCAAUCCCCGACGGUGAAUAAAAGACGGCCGCCGCUCAGCGCUUUCGCUACUUCUAAUUCCCUCUUCCCUACCGUCUUCUUCGCCGUCGCAGAGAAGAGAGAGAGAGGGCAGUGCAGAACGUAUUCCCUCAAAAAAGGUCUCAUCUCCCUUUAACUUCUUGAUUGAUUAAUGAACGCAUUUGCUCACUUUUAAUGAACUCUGUAUUUUAAACAACGAAAACAGUUUCAAUUGCUUCUUUGAUUUCUUGUUGAAUUCAAUCAUCAGCCAGAAGAGGAGGGAGUUGAAGAUGCUGUGAGUUUCGCCGGAGGAUAGACGACAAACAAUGGAGGAGGAGACUCACAUUUUGGAGAUUAACUUGAUCUCUGCUCAAGGUCUGAAGGCGCCUCCCGCUAACCUGCGCCGAAUGCAAACUUACGCCGUCGCCUGGGUCCACUCCUCCGCCAAGCUCAGAACCGGACUGGACCGCUUCGGCGGCGAAAACCCUACCUGGAACGACAAGUUCCUCUUCCGGAUCUCGCCCGAUUUCGUCUCCAGUGAAACAUCCGGAGUCUCAUUCGAGAUCUACGCCGCCGCCUGCAUCAAAGACAUUCUCGUCGGCUCUGUCCGAUUCCUCCUCAGCACCUGCCGCGACUCAAUCAAGGAAGCCGCUGGCACUCCGGCGUGCAUUCCCGUCCAGAUACAACGCCCUUCUGGCAGAUUCCACGGCGUUCUCAACAUCGGCGCCGCUCUCUACAAAGCUACCAAGUUGGAUCGCGCAAUGAUGACAGGUGGAGUGUCAGCGAUUUCCUUCCGCGACUUGGUGGCGAGGAAAGAGACCCUGCUCCGCCGCCGCCGCCGGCUCAGCGACUCAGGGUUUAAGAGGAGCCAGAAGUCUUCCAAUGCGUUGUCGCGCGAUUUGUCUUCUUCCUCCAGUUCUUCCAACGGUAAUGACUCGAACCACAAUUUUACAGACAAAAAUGCGGUGGCGGUGGACACCACGGCAAAGAAAGUGCUCGGCGCAGACGGCGGAGGCGGAUUGCUCUGUGGGCUGACGAUGCAGAGGAGGUUCAGUUUCUGUCCGCUGGAUCACAAUAUGCUGAGGGUUGCUGAUUGGGCUGGAUCUCUCGACAAGAAUCCCUAAUGGACGGGUCACAACAUAGCCCAAUAGCCCAAUUAAAUGAAACCAAAUAUUGAUUUGAGUUGACUGUUGUUAGAGUAGCACAUUUGUAUUCUUUUCUUUUGCUUAUCAAUUUUUCAGUGGGCUUGACUUUUUUGAUUGAAUUGUAGAACUUGGGAAGAUAUGAAGUGUAUAACCCUACCUUGGAGAAGAAUCAUUACAGUUUUAAUCCAUGAUUGAAUAUAAAAUCAUUACCUUGGGGGAGUGUUAA